AUGUAUUAUCGUGACAUAUUUAGGGAGAGGUUCCAUGGUGCAUGUUAUUUUGCAGAUGAUAUAGUGUUGAUUGAUGAAACGCAAGGCGAAGUUAAUGCUAGGCUGCAGUUCAAGUUUAGUAAUGCAACUCAUAAAGAUGAAGUGGAAGUGAGGCUUGAUACGCAAGUUAUCCGUAAGAGGGAGACUUUCAAGUAUCUUGGGGUAGUAAUCCAAAGUAACAAGGAGAUUGAUGAGGAUAUCACAUAUUGUAUUGGGACAUGGUGGAUGAAAUCGAAGCUUGCUUCCAGUGUCUUGUGCGAUAAAAAUGUGCCACCAAGACUUAAAGGCAAGUUUUAUAGAGUGGUGAUUAGACCGAUUAUGCUGUAUGGGAUGGAGCUUUGGCUAGUGAAGAACUCUCAUGUCCAGAAGUUGAAAGUAGCGAAGAUGAGGAUACUGAGAUAG